AUGGAAUAUUAUUUGCAGAAGACAUACUACAAGACUGCAUCUUUGAUUUCAAACAGCUGCAAGGCUAGUGCUCUUCUUGCAGGGCAAACUGCGGAAGUUUCAAUGUUGGCCUUCGAGUAUGCCAAGAAUCUGGGAUUGGCAUUCCAAUUAAUAGAUGACGUCCUUGAUUUCACAGGCACAUCAGCUUCCCUGGGGAAGGGUUCAUUGUCUGACAUCCGCAAUGGAAUAAUAACAGCUCCAAUAUUGUUUGCUAUAGAAGAGUUCCCUCAAUUGGAUGCUGUUGUCAAACGCGGCCUUGACAAUCCUGCAGAUAUUGAUCUUGUCAGUUUCUGAACCUUUCUUUUCUUUUUGCAUGUGGUUGAUGCUGCUCAUACUGAAGCUACAAAAGGGAACUUAUGAGGCUGUGAUAUUUUUCUUGUCUUCUUAUUGUGUCUCUGUUUGGUGACAAUGCUGGUAUUUGAAUUUUAGCUCUCAAUUAAAGCAUCUCCUUUUUCUAUGUAAUCCUCUUGU